CCCCCCGCCCGCCGGCCCGCUCCCCGCGGUCGCGCUGCCAUAAAUGGGUCCCGCAGCAGGCGGCGACGGCAUCUGGCGGGCCGGGCGGCAGCUGGAGGCGCGGACCGGGGGCGGCGACUCAGGCGUCGGGGGACGCGGCGGGCGGCCGCGGCAAAGUGAAGUUCGGGGCUCAGGAGCCGACAGGGUCGCCCCGGCGGGGACGCGCGCAGGUCCGCGCGGCUGGUGCCCCCUCUGCCCGCGCUCCGGACCCGCCCCCGCAGCGGAGCGGCUUCUGUUUACUUUCGGUCGAGUUUUUCCUGCUCCGGGAAGGUGCCCAGGGCGGCUCCGGGCGGACGGUUACGCGCGGCGCCCCGCGCCCCUCUGCCGCCGCUGCCCGCACCCGCCAAGGGCGCGUCGGGCCGCCGGGACAGCGGCGGCCGGGGCGUCCCGGGGCGCGCUCACGGGCGUCCGUUUGUGCCCAGGUGAUGACGGCGGCGGCAUGGAGUUCCCGGAGCACGGCGGGCGGCUGCUGGGCCGCCUGAGGCAGCAGCGCGAGCUCGGCUUCCUCUGCGACUGCACCGUGCUGGUGGGCGACGCGCGCUUCCCGGCCCACCGCGCCGUGCUGGCCGCGUGCAGCGUCUACUUCCAUCUUUUCUACAGGGACCGGCCCGCGGGCAGCCGCGACGCGGUGCGGCUCAACGGCGACAUCGUCACGGCGCCUGCCUUCGGCCGCCUGCUGGACUUCAUGUACGAGGGCCGCCUGGACCUGCGCGGCCUGCCUGUCGAGGACGUCCUGGCCGCCGCCAGCUACCUGCACAUGUACGACAUCGUCAAGGUCUGCAAGGGCCGGCUCCGGGGGGAGGGCCGCGCGCUGCCGCCGGAGACCCCCGCCGCCGGCGCCGAGCCGCCGAGCCGGCGCCCGUGCCCGCUGCCCGCCUGGGCCCCCGAGCUCUGCCCCGCCGCCCAGAAGGUCAGGCUGCCCGGGGCCGGCGUCAAGGCUGCCCUCCCUCCACCUGCACGGGGGCCUCCUCCCUGCCAGGCCCCGGGAGAGCCGGACGGGGCUCUGGACUUGUCGCUGAAGCCCGAGCGGAGGAGGGAGCCGGUCCGCCCGCCCUCCUGCGUCCUCCGGACACCGCCCUGCAGGCAGAUGCAGCCGGGGGCGCGGCCGCCGGUGAAGGACGAGCGGGACUCGCUGUCGGAACGGGACAGCUUUGGCCCUCCGAGCCCCCACGGCCCCCUGCAGCCACCCUGCGCUCCGGCAGCGAGGCGCCUGGCGGGGGCCUUGGAGCCGCUGCCCGCCAGUGGGGUGGGCAGCCGGGAGCCGGCGCUGGACGCGGAGCGGAGCGCCGUCGCGGACGAGCUGGCGCGCGGCGGCCGCCGCCUCCGCAGGUGCCCGCUGUGCAGCAAGCUGUUCCCCAGCGCCCGCGUGUUGCAGCUACACCUCAGCGCCCACUUUCGAGAGCGGGACGGCGCUCGAGCCCGGCUGUCGCCCGACGGCGCCGCGCCCACCUGCCCGCUCUGCGGGAAGACCUUCUCCUGCGCGUACACGCUGAAGCGGCACGAGCGCACGCACUCGGGCGAGAAGCCCUACACGUGCGUGCAGUGCGGCAAGAGCUUCCAGUACUCGCACAACCUGAGCCGCCACGCCGUGGUGCACACCCGCGAGAAGCCGCACGCCUGCCGCUGGUGCGAGCGCCGCUUCACGCAGUCGGGGGACCUUUACCGCCACGUCCGCAAGUUCCACUGCGGCCUGGUGUGACGCGUGCGCCGCGGCGGGGCGGCGGUGGGAGGGGCCCAGAGCGGGCGGGUGGAAGUCCCUGAGGCUGGGUCCGCCUGCGGGAAGAGCCCCCCUGCGCCCCAGAAAGGUGGCCUCGGACUCAGAGUGGCUCUGCAGCCCCCCUCCUUGUCCCCAGACCCCACCUUGUGCCCCGACUGCGACUCUGUCUUCCUCUCCAGGUGGUUCUGGGGCUGUCUCAAGGUCCCCCAAGCUUGGCUCACCUGCCUCGCAGGGGGACAGCCCAUCUGUCCGACCUUGGGGGCUUCCCUGGCCACCUCACUGUCAUGUUCAGGGGACCCUGGUGAGCCUUGCUCCACCCAGUGAAGGGUGCGGGUCACAGAAGUUGUGGGUAUGAGACCCCAGGGUGGGAGGGGGCUCCACAGGGCCAUCGGGGCGGAGAUGGUGCCGCAGGGGGUGCAGUCCCCGUGGGGACAUCUGGGCAGC